CCAAACUGACAGCCGAGCAAACAAAUCAGCCCGCUUUCCUCGUCUACCUCCCCGGCCUCAGCUCCUCCUCUGCUCUGCGCCUCUGCCUCGCUCCCCGCAGAACACCGAUGAAACCCUAAGCGGCCUCUCCGAUGCACGCGUCCGCGCGCUUCUUCUAUUCCUCCGCCUCCUCCAGGAAGGUCAUUGCUGACAUUUCUGACGCCGUUGCACGGUCGUCCUAUCGGCCUCUCCGUGGGAAGAAGCAUCUGGCUUCUCUGUCUGCCCAGGAUCCACCCAGAGUCCAGAAGAGAUUAACAAAAGAAGAAAGAAGGGCCAGGGUUGUGGAAUUUGUUGAAAAUUACAGGGCAUCACAUAAAGGAAAAUUUCCGUCUGCUACAUAUGUUCGUAAGCAGGUUGGAGGGUCCUACUAUGUAUCAUGGGCAUUACUCCAGGAAUUGGAGUAUAAUUCAACACUGAGGAGUGAUAACAGAGAUGCCUCCUUCAACUCGGAGAACUUCAAAGGCAAAUAUGGGCUUAACAAUAUUGAUCCCUCAACCAGAGAUGCCAAGACCAGCUUUGAGGGCAUAAACGAAGAGAUGGAUCAACCCGAAGUCCCCAAGAGGAUGACAAAAGAAGAAAGAAGGGUCAGGAUAGAGGAAUUUGUUGAAAAUUUCAGGGCUUCACAUGAAGGAAAAUUUCCACAUGCGACAUAUGUUCGUCAGCAGGUUGGAGGUUCAUACUAUACAGUGCUGGCAUUACUCCAGGAAUUGGAGUAUAAUUCAAGACUCAAGAAUGAUGUCAAAAAUGCCUCUUUCAGCUCAGAAAACUUCAAGGAAAAAUACGGGCUCCACAAUAUCGAUCUCUCUCCAAGAGUUGCUACUACAAGCUUUCAGGGUGUAAAGGAAGAAAUGGCUAAAACUUCAGAACCUCUGGAUCUAAAUACUAAGCCACAACUUCCAGAAGGCCAUUGUAAAGCUGGAGCUGUCAAGCCAAACUUAUCCCCAACAACUAGUUUGGAGGAUAAAAGUGAGCCAAUGGCAUCAGGUCAAACUGAAAACAACAAUGUGGUCAAGGCACAAAACCUCAAGAGCCCUAAGCAUGCGCAUGAAGCAUCGAAGGGGGCAAAUCUUUGGGGCAGCCUGAAAUCCUUUGCUGGUGACCUCAGGAUCUUUUGGAACAAUCUGUAAAUUGAUAUAGUCUGGCUUGCUAGAUGUGAUUACAUAUAGGAUUCACAUUCUUUUCAUGACCUGAAACACAAUUGUAAAGUACAGUACUCCAGGAGGACCAUUCCUUCCAUCUUUCAGAUGAUACCCCUGUCAGUUAUACAAGUCACAUUACAAGUUGGAGCACUC